UUUGGAAAGGCCUCAUUCCCUUCCCACCUCAUCCCUCGUCUUCAAGACAUGCUUUGCACAGCCACAACUUGCAGCCAUGUGUUUGUUCGCCCUCGCACCGAAGCUCGCGUGGCAUCGAAUCAGAGCAGGUGAUGACAGCCUUGUGCAUUCGGAGCAGCGGGUUCCUGUGGCCGGAUUGCGCGGGCCCAACAAGAGCCGUCCUAAAGCGCCCUGAUUGUCAGGAGGCGAUAGGUAGAUGCCUCGUCAUCGGGCACCCAAGUCCCCCAACGCACGGGCCCCAUUCAGGAAUUGUGUGCACCAUGUACUUGGUAGAAGGCUUCCUUUCUCGGGACUCGGCGCUCAGGCACUGCCACAACCGCCCGUGAUUGUUGCUCUCGGAUUAUCUGCAAGCGCUGAGGUCGGAGUGAUCGCAUACAGAUCCAGGUCAUCUUUUUCUACACGACAUCCUCCUGCUCCCCAGCAGCCCAAAAGAAAUCGUUCAGUCAACCUCACUCUUUGUGUGGCGUAUUUCCAGGCUGAUCGCUUCCCCGUCCGGCCCAAGCUCCUGCGUCACCCACCCCCUCUCCCAGUCGUUGCGCCAAGCAAACCACUGUAGGCCUCUCGGCGGCAAAGCCAUCAUCUUUAGGACUCGUCGAGUCCUCGGGGCCUUGCAGGCUUCCCGAUACUCACACAUUCUCUAGUCUGCAGUUUCUCUGAGUGACUGCCACAUUCUGGAGAUGGACUCCCACCUGAGGCGCAAGGACACCACCAAAGGUCCGCCCCUGCGCAUCUUAUCACUAGAUGGUGGAGGUGUUCGCGGCUAUUCCAUGUUCCUGAUCCUGCAAGAGCUGAUGCACCGGACGUUCGUCGAAAUCGAAGGUCGGGCCCCCAAACGAUCCGAGAUACCUAAGCCAUGCGAUCAUUUUGACCUCAUUGUUGGCACUGGCACCGGUGGCCUCAUCGCCUUGAUGCUUGGCAGGCUGCGUCUGGAUAUCGAGACAUGCAAGGAACUGUAUGUGCGCCUGACGCGCAUGGUGUUUGAGACGGACAAGACCAUCGCUGGGAUUCCCUAUAGGUCUACGCUGUUCAAGGCGACCAAGCUGGAGGAGGCAAUCAAGGAGUGUGUCAGGGAGCAUACGGUGUAUGAACGAGAGGGCAACGACCUGUCUGAAACGAGCAGCACGUAUCCCAUGUCCACUGCCUCGCGAUCGAGCGCUGCCUAUCCGAGAAGGCAUUCGAGCAACGCGAGUGUGAUCAGCUUCAGCGCCAAAAGCCCAACAUCGCAGGCAGCAAGGCCCGCCUUUUCUUCACGCUGGGGCAAUCCCAACGCCCGCUUGUAUGACGAGAGGGAGAACAGGACCAAGACUGCCAUUACAGCUGUAUAUCGAGGUACCCAACGAGGCGGCGCUCCGGCGCUUUUGCGAUCCUACGAUUCCAGAAAGGAGCCCGCUCCUGAGUUUGACUGCAAGAUUUGGCAAGCUGGGAGAGCAACCUGCGCCAUCGGUUUGGCUUUCAAGCCGAUUCAGAUCGGUCACUCGGUUUUCCACGACGAUGGCGCUGGUACCUUCAACCCUUCCAUCACUGCUCUGGACGAGGCAGUGGUGAAUGAGUGGCCCGGCCGUGAGGUUGGCGUAUUUGUCAGCGUCGGAACGGGAAAGCGGCCAAAGAGCAGUGACACAAACUCGACCUUGUGGUACGAGGGCUUCAUGGGGGAGUUUGCCGAGGCCAGGAGGAGGUUGAUAGCCAAGAUUGAGGGCUGUGAGAAGAUUCAUGAGCUCAUGAAAAAGGAACACCUGCCCAAGCGGGGUGUCAACAUUGAGCAUUAUUACCGGCUCAAUGUGGAGGUGGGCGUGGGAGAGUUUGGCAUGAAUGAGUGGAACCGGCUGGCCGAAAUCAGUACCAACACCCGGCGCUAUUUGGCGAGGGAGGAGGAGCAGAAGAUGGUACAGGGAGCGUCAUCGAAGCUGGCCAAGAUUCACUUCGCCAAGUUGCGGUGGGAGCGUCUCGGAUCCAUGAGUGCCGCAGAGCAAGAAAAGAAGUUGCCGGAAAUCUCGAUGCCUCUGGCUGUUGAGUUGCCAGGCGAUAUUCCUGUCUUCCCUCCUCGCACACCACCCAGUCGACAGUCGUACGAGUCUGGAAGCGACAUGCUUCCAAGGCCCGGUGUCAGCACGCCGUCCCCCAGAAGUUCAGGCGAGCGGUUCCCGCCUUCGCCGCUGGGCAUCACGCAGCCGUACUCGAGCGCCCCUACUCUAGCCCCUCCGCCGCCUCCCCAAGGUGGUCGCCCGGCUAAGCCUCCGAACAAUGACGACGCAGACCGGCUGACGGUGAAUGCUCCGACGCCCUCGCAGUACCGAACGGCGUCAGGCUCAGACAAGAUUGCUAUUGUGAGCGCGGAUGACUACCCUCGACGGUACCAAGAGCUUCCAUCACAGCAGCAGCCAUUACCAGUACGUGAUGGACCUCCCCCCUUGCCUCCCAAAACACCGCUUCCCGAGAGGCAACAUUCAACCUCUGGGCGAGGAGCUGCUCCUGCGCUGCCUUACCCCCUGGAUGAAGAUGCACCGCCGGCUGUGAACCUUGCCAGGAAACCAAACUAUGUGGCCAAAUAA